AUGCCAGCUCAAUGGGAAAAUGUAGAGGAAUUCUUAGCGCACUGCUGUGAGCACAACGAAAUAGAUUUGGACUAUGUUCGGUCAGACAAUUUCUAUAACAUGCUACGCCAGUGCGACUGGCUGAAGGAGCCAUUAUAUGAAGCACUUUAUUAUUCGAGAACCCCAUCGUUGGAAAUCAAAUUAAAUCGCUCUCUGGCAAAGACCUGGGUCAUGGAUGAAAGACUAUUUAUCGCACAUAAAGCUACCAACACUUGGAGAACUCGAAAGUUUCCAAUUGAUCUUGGAAGAGGCCAUGCGAAGUUUCAGGAUAACCAUCUGAAGGAGAUGCUGCUAGAAGAGGAUGCGCAAAGAGGAACAAAGUAUACUGCGCUCGCAAACUCUGAGAGGAAUGGCGUAAAAAUUCAGGCUGAUAUUGUCGCUACCCGCUCAACUUUGGUAAACCUCAUGAUGUCAGGAAUAGACAGUACCAAGGCCCUGACGUGGAUAUACGCUGUUAAUGACCAGCUCUUUUUGGAAGACGACAAGAAAGGAACUCCUUUCAACAAUCCAUCUGUAAUGACAGGACCCAAUUUCGAGCAAUUGAUGACGGUUAGGCAGAAAAUGGUCAAUGGCAGAUUCUGCUUUGAGUGGCCUAAAAACAGCAAUGAGAAGUACUAUACUUUGGUACGACAUUCAUGUUCGCUGCUGAAUGAUUCCAUAUUAGUAGCAUGCGAGAUUGAUGCAGUAAGGCCGCUAGAAGGCAUAGAUUUGAAACCCAGUCUGAACGAAACAUUUGGCCUUGACGAUCCAGUCAAAAAUUUAGAACGAUACGUUGAAUUUAAGGCGAGAGUACAGUGGAAUUCUGGCUUGAAAAAUUUUCAUCCUGCCCUCAUUCAGUGUCAAUUGGCUGGUACACCAACACUCGUUGUUGGUCUCAAAGAUAAACUCAAGUUAACUUCAGUUAAAGAGUGGGAUGUUAACAAGGUACUUUCUGGAGGCAUGAAGCGUCUUGAGAAAUGGUUUUUGGAUCGCUGGUUGAUCUUUUUGGUUCGUUUCAUCAAGGGCUGUAUUCUGAAAAAGCGCAAUGGAAAACUUCAAUCAUUCUGCUUUGAUGUCGAGGGUUCAAAGCUUGUAAUGCGAGAACUUACAAGACCCCGACUACACUUUGAAGCCGCCCUCACAAGCGAUUUCCUCAAAUGGAGAGAAGAACACCCACAAAGAGCUCUCGACGAUCAGUUGGCGAAAUUGCUUGGCCCUCUCAGUAUUAAAGACAAGACUAUCGUGUCGUAA